AUUGAGCUUAUAAUAAAGUGCCAAAAUUCAGAGAACACGGGAUAUAGAGUAAGCACUGUCUUUUCCUUUUUUCCCAAUUAUCGUAUUUUUUCCGAAAUCGUAACUCCUUUCUCAGUGUUGAAUAAGCUAGAAACUUCGGUCUAUUUUUCCCCCUACAUUCAGGUUGCCUCUAAGGUUGGUUUGGAGCCUGGAAAGUCCAUCAAAUUGGAGACUGCUGAUGGUGUUGGCCACUUCUUGCGAGUAACUCUCAAGAUGGAGAAACAGAUCCGAGGAAUCACUUGGCUAAAGAAAAUUGAUAUUCAGAAGGCGGGUGUCCGUUGUCGAUCCACAGAAUUAGCUACUCUCAGUGAACAGCACGCCACACUGAAGGAAGAAUAUGCAAGAGCUCAAAAGAGUAUUGUAAAAGAAAUCCUCACUGUAGCAGCCGGGUAUUUGGAGCCGCUUUACGCGUUGGGUAAUUGUACUGCCCAAUUGGAUGUUAUUGUGAGCUUGGCCAUUGCUGCUGUCUCUGCACCGCAACAAUAUAUUCGACCACGAUUUACUGAACGGUCUUCCAACGAUGCUGAUGGUGGUGGGAUUCGAUUGAGGGACUUUCGACAUCCAUGUCUUGAAUAUCAAGAUGGUGUCUCUGUGAUUCCCAAUGACGUUGAUUUGGAACGAGGCAAACAAAUAUUCAAAACUAUCACUGGACCGAAUAUGGGCGGAAAGUCUACCUAUAUCCGUGGUACUGGUGUAGUGGUUGCCAUGGCUCAAGCUGGUAGUUUUGUUCCAGCAAGUGAAGCUGAUCUUGUUCCUGUCGACGCGAUAAUGGCUCGAGUUGGAGCUGGUGAUUGUCAGCUGCGUGGCAUCUCCACCUUCAUGGCUGAAAUGCUCGAAACCGUUGCUGUGCUGAGGCUUGCCACACGUGAUUCCUUAGUAAUAGUUGAUGAAUUGGGUCGCGGCACUUCCACUUACGACGGUUUCGGCCUGGCAUGGGCAAUUUCUACUCAUCUGGCUCAAACUAUCGGCUGUUUCACUCUCUUUGCCACCCAUUUCCAUGAACUCACCUCCUUGGCACACCUUCUUCCCGGUGUUGUGGCAAACUACCGUGUUUCCGCUGAAGUUUUUCAACAUUCUUCAGGCGCUGAUGAAGGGGAAAACCCCACUGAUGUCAUUAUGCUCUACAAAGUCGAACCGGGAAUCUGUGACCAGAGCUAUGGUCUGCAGGUAGCUCGAUCAAUUGGUCUGCCGGCAGAUUUGGUUGCAGAAGCGGAAGCUGCUUCAGCUGCGGAAGAAAAAGUUGAGUUGAUGUGGGUGGGGCUUGGGGAGUCUAUGGAUGUGGAUAAAAAUGUGCCUCCACCGUCCCAAUCCGAUUCCUCUCAGACGGACGCUGGGUCGCUAAGUACUGUAGUGGUUGCCGAACGUCUUCGAUCACAUUUGGAGAUUCUUUUAGACCAAGCGCUCUCUGAAGCGAACGGUGAAUUUGGCGCUUUUGCUGGGAAUCUUGCGAAUGAGAUGCUUAAUCAACCUUCACUCGGUCUUGAUCAGGCAAUGAAGGAACUUCUAAUGGAAAUUUAA